GCUGAUGCUCAACUCGACGCAGCCUCUCUCCGCUUCCAGCCUGCUAUCAAGCGACCCAAUCCUGUUCAAAAGCAAAAGCCCAGGCCAAACUCGAAUCCCACUCUGGUGACCAAGCCUCCCACCCUACCCGCUGCCCCUGUCGCAACCGGUCCCAUUGUCCAAAAGUGGAACGAAUCUCAACAGCAAGACUUUGAUGUCGUCAAUGAAUAUCACAAGUUCCAAGAAGAGCAAAAGGCUCGUCUGAAGGAGGAGCGCAAGAGCAAGAGAUCCAAAAAGGCCUCGUUACAGGUAGAAGACAUUGACUGGUCUGCGCCGUACAACGUCCAGCACGCUUUUACCAAGACUCGCACAAAGCUACGUCUAGAUGCUUGGAAGCACUCGGACUCCAAGUUCAAUGCUCGAUACCAGUGGAAGGAGACGCUGCACUCUUUCAGACGCCCUGGCACUCCUCCGACGGCCAGAGACGAGCCGAGACUUACUACCGAUGUCUCGUACAAGAACAUGCCCCCUCCGCAAGAGCUCACCGAGCCUGUUCAUCCUCCUGCUCCUUCACAGACUGCAUUCGCUCCCCCUCCGCCACCUUUCGCUCCGGCUUCCACUCCUACUCCUGUCUCUGCCACCUACACUCCUCAACCUCCACAAUUCGACCAAUACCAUGCUCCUCCACCACCUCCACCUCAACAAUUCUCCGGUGCUCCUGCGCUACCCGGUCUACAAUACUACCCGCCCCCACCACCACACUUUGUACCACCUCCACCACCUGCCCAGCCAUAUCAGUCCGCCCCCUCGCCUGUCACUGCUCAGCCUGCACCAUCUCAGCCAUCAGGAACCAUCUCACGCGAGCCUGUACGUUACGAAGCAGCUGCUCAAACAUACGACAAUACAGACCGCGCUCAGGACUCGACCGACCUCGAACCAUCCCCAGAACCAGAACCUGAAACACGAACCUCCGCCCCAGGCCAAAAAGGGUUCGCCCAACGCUACAUGGAAAAAAUGGGCUGGAAGAAGGGCGAAGGCCUCGGCAAAGAAGCAACAGGCAUAACUACAAUCCUGCGUCACGAAGCCACAAAGCGCAAACGCAAGGCCGAUGCCGAAGGAGGCGGUUGGGCACAACCCGCAGCCAUGGGUCGUAUUGUCGGAGGCAAGAAGACCAAAACCGACACACCCAUCGAUGAGAGCAAGGCUUUCAGUCUGGUUGCUAGAUUCGAGGGUAUGCUGAGGGAUAUGGAUGUAGACAGGGCUAUUGAGGAGGAUAACUUGAUGCAGAGGAUUGGCGAGAAGUUGGAAGAGUAUGGGCGCUCGGAACGUGUGUUCAUCGAUCGGGCUACUGGGAGGGUGUUUGUGAAGUUUACGAGUGCUUUGAGCGCUUUUAAUGCUAUCAAAGCGAGCGACGGCACAGACUUUUUGGGCAAUGGACGUAUUGUCCAGAGUACCUUCUUCAAUGCUGACAAGUUUGAGGAGGGUAUCUAUGAGUAA